UGAUUGAGAAGAUCCUAAAUUCUGACUGGUACCGCAAAAUUCCUAAAAUUGCCACAAGUAUAGAUCAACUUGUAAUUCCGACUAUGCCAGAGGAUGUCAUCGGAAAAUGGAGUUUCAUUCUUUAUAAAGAAUCACUUGUUACUUAUCGUAAAGAAACAAAUAGCAGUGUCCACAAACGGGAAGUAGCACUCACAGUAGCGCAUGCAAUGUUACAUCAGUUGUUAGAUAAUGCAAUUUCCCCGUCGUGGUGGUCCGACUUAUGGUUGAGUGAAGGGCUUGCCACUCUUCUUCAUGUGGAAAUUCUAGAUAAGGGUCUUUUAUAUUAUUAACGCAAGCUUCAGUAAUAUUCGGUUCAAUAUUCAUUCAAUCAAAUAUGGUUUUCCUUUAUAGAUUUUUCCGAAAUGGCGACUUCUGGAUUUUUCGUGGUUCAAGUUUAGCAAGACUGUCUUCGUCUCGACACAAAUAUU